GAAAAUGAAAUAAAAAAAUUAAAACGUUUCGAUAUAAUUGGUUUACGUAUAUGGUUAGGUAAUAAUGCUGAUGAUGAUGAUGAUAAUCUUAAUUUAAUUAAUCAAAUAACUCAUUCAUUUGGUUCAAAUCAUAAAUAUUGGGGAAAAUAUUGGUCUGUAUAUCAAACGCAUAAACUUCGACCAAAUCAUCUUAAUUUAACAUUACGUGCUAAAGUUCUCUAG